GGAAGGCAAAGGCUGUGCAGCGCGAGCUGCAGCAGCUGGGAUCAGGGAUGCCUCCGUGGGGAUCGGCGGUGGCGGCCGGGGUCUCCCCGGCUCCCCCGAUGCGGGGCGCGGCGGCCGCCCAGGGGAACCACUCCGACCUCGGAAAUCAAGAUUUUCCUAAUAUUUUGGCAAGCCAUGAUUUAGAAAGUAGUACGACGCAUGCUGUCGGUGAUCACACAGGAAGUGGUGUGCAUCCAGAAUAUAUUGCUUAUGGGUUGGUUCCUGUCUUUUUCAUCAUGGGCCUUUUGGGGAUCCUCAUCUGUCAUGUGCUUCAGAAAAAAGGGUAUCGGUGUACAACAGAGGCCGAGCAAGAAAUUGAAGAGGAAAAACUUCAAGAAAAGAUAGAAAUGAAUGAAAGUGUAAAUGACAAUAAUGAUACUGUGGGGCGAAUCGUCAACAUCAUUAUGAAAAAUGAAGCAAAUGCUGAUAUGUUAAAGGCCAUGGUGGCAGAUAACAGUGUGUGUGAUCCUGAAAGCCCUGUGUCUCCUACCACUCCAGGCAGUCCUACAAGUCCAGGCUCUCCUUUGUCACCAGGUGAUACUCCAUCAAAACAUAACUGUCGUGGCCAUCACUUGCAUACAGUUGGGGGAGUAGUAGAGAAGGAUGUUUGUAGUCGCUGUAGUCACAAAAGAUGGCACCUUUUAAAGCCAACCAACAAAUCUAAAGAACCUAAAAAAAGCCGACAAGGAGAAGUUACAGUACUUUCUGUGGGAAGAUUUAGAGUCACAAAAGUAGAGCACAAAUCUACAUCCAAAGAGCGGAAAAGCUUGAUGUCUGUUAAUGGUGUUGAAGGUGUCAACGGAGAAGUGCCUGCCACACCUGUCAGACAAGGAGCAAGAGGGAGAACUAGCACAGAAUAACAGCACCAGAGCGCCAUGGAGAAGUGAUAUAAUUAAGAUGACCUAUUUACGCUAAGGCAACAAGGAGGAAGAGAAAACAUACUGAGAAGAGGAGAAGAAGAAAAGACACAGAGUAAGGAAUGUAAAUAAGCACUAAAACUCAAGCGACUCUUCUCUACUGGUUGACUUCCUAAAGUCUGUUCAAAAUAUUGAUCUGUAUUCUUGCUCAUUGUACUAUGGAUCAAGCAGAUCUGAAUUCUGUGGCAGGGCUCAUGGUACAUUCCUGCGCCUAGUUUAGUCAUUCACAAUCAGGUUGUUAAAUCCGGUAUAAUUGAAAGGUAUGCAUACAGGUUGUUGUUUUUUUUGGUUGUUUUUUUUCCCCCCAGUUAAUUGUAAGUUUAAUUGUAAGGCAUCUGCUAUUUAUUUACAGUUCUGUUAAUCUAAAUACAUGGCAAUUACUUACAUUUGAGCAUGCUGAAAAAAGCCUGCACACAUACUGUUCACUAUAUUAAACUAA